AUGUUAAACUAUACUUUGAGCAACAUAUGUGGGUGUUUUUAUACUGGAGGUAAAAUAUUAUUUAGUAAUGAUGGGAACUGUUUAUUUGUACCUGUAAGUAAUAGAAUAAAUAUUUAUGAUUUAUGUAGUAAUAGUUGUAAUACAUUAAAAUCAGAAAGUCGUAAUGAUAUAAGACAUAUUGCUAUUCAUCCUAGUAUGGAGAUUAUUAUAACAGUAGAUAAAUUUGGUUAUGGCUGUGUUAUAAAUUUAUUGAAAGAUCAGAUAAUUUCAAGAAUAUUGUUUAAAUCUAAAACUGGUGUUGUUACUUCUUUUAAUUAUAAUAAUAUGCUUACACCUCAAGAAGAACAAGAUGUUGUUAAUUCAUCCAUAUUUACAAAUAAUGGAAAAUACUUUUUGAUUUCAAUUGGUAGAAGAGUAAUUAUAUGGAAGAGUCCUUGUAAAAAAAAUAACUAUAAAUUAAUAAAAUAUAAUGAUAUAUGUUUUCAUUCAUUAAAUGUUAUAUCAUUAGAUAUAUCUACAGAUGAUAAGUAUUUUUUAACCACAUCGUAUGAUAUGACUAUAAGAAUUCAUACAGUCAAAAAAGAAAAAAAAAUCAAGCCAACCAUUUUGAGUGGUAAUAAAACAACCAUCGUAGGUGCAUUCUUUUCAAAAGAUGGGAACUUUAUAUUCAGUGUAAAUAAAUCUGGGUUAAUAAUUAUGUGGUCAUACGAGGCGCAGACGGAUGAAGGACAAAAAUAUGAAAAUUUUGAGGCUAACAAGGUGUAUGAGGAUAUAAAUAGUGAUAAUAUAAAUAGUGAUGAUAAAAAAAGUGAUGAUGAUAUAAAUAGUGAUGAUAAAAAAAGUGAUGACGAUAUAAAUAGUGAUGAUGACGAAAGAAAUAGCUGCGAUGAUGAAAAUGUUUCUUUUAAAAAUGAAAAAAAAAAAAAUAGAAAAGAGGAGAAGAGCUCCAAAAUAUACCCCUAUAAUAAUAAAAUAAAAGACAACAACAACAAUAAUAAUAAUAAUAAUAAUAAUAGUGUGAAGAGAGCCUUUGAAAAAAGGUGGUGUUAUAAGAAAAUAUAUUAUUGCAAUCAAGAGAAGAAUGAAGAAGUUAUAAGAUCAUGUUUUAAUAAAGAAAAGGAUAUAUUUGUUAUCGCAUUUUCAAGUGGAAGGUUUGCUAUUUAUAGUACUCCAGAUAUGACAUCUCUUUAUAAUAUUAGUAUUAAUACAAACACAAUUGAUGAUAUUACUAUAAAUACUGAUGGAGAAUGGAUAGCAUUAGGAGAAGGUAAUAAUGGUACUAUUAUAAUAUGGGAAUGGAAAAGUGAGAGCUAUAUAUUAAAACAAAAUACAACAAAUAAAAAUGUCAAAUGUGUUAAAUUUUCUCCUAUUAUUAGUCAUUUAAAAAUUGGUAGUCAUAUUAUAGAUAAUUCAAGUACUUAUCACGAAUCUGAUAAUUUUACUAGUAAAUUUGUUAUUGUUACAGGUAAUGAAGAUGGUACUAUUAAAUUAUAUGAUUAUUUAUCAUUUAUAAAUUUUGUUACUUUUACUGCUCAUACAAAUAGUGUUACAGAUAUUUGUUUCUUACCACAAGGAAAUGCAUUCAUCUCAUGUUCUCUUGAUGGUACUGUUAGAGCUUUUGAUCUUUUAAGAUAUCGUAAUUUUAAAAUUUAUACUCCUGAUGUUAUAACUGAGUCAAAUCAAUAUAGUAAUAAUAUGAACGACCUGAACAGUUCAGGUAAAAAAAAAGUGGAUAAAAAAUUGAAUGUUCAAUUUUUGUGUGUGAGUGUGAAUAUAAGUGGGAAUAUAGUAGCAGCAGGUGGUCGUGGGAAUGAGUAUUUGGUAUAUAUAUGGAAUGUACAGACAGGAAAAUGUAUAGAUAAAUUAUAUGGUCACAAUUCUCCUAUAAUAAAAAUAUGUUUCAGUACAAAUUUAAAGAAUGAAGGGAUAAUAGCUAGCUGUUCAUGGAGUAAAAAUGUAUUAAUAUGGGAUUUAUAUGCUCGUCAAAAUAAGGGUAGUAAAUAUGAGGAAAUAACAACAUCACAUGAUAUAUCAUAUAUGUGUUUUGAUCCAAGAGGGAAUGAUAUAUUAGCUGUAUGUACAUUAAGUUGUAAAAUUAUAUUUUGGGAUAUAUCUAUACAAGAAGUAAUAGGAACUAUCGAAGGAGCAAGAGAUAUUAAGAGAGGUAGAUUAUUAGGUGAACAAUUUGGGGCAAUACCUAAAAUGAAUAAAAAAAGGAAUAGAAAAAAAAGUUUGAAUAAUUUAGAUGAUGAAUCUAUGUAUGAAGAAGAUUUAGAAGAUCAAGGGAAAAAUACUAUUGUAAAUCAAAAUUGUUAUUUUACCUCUAUAGAUUAUAUACAUAAUGGUAAUUAUAUAGUUGGAUGUGCUAAUUGUAGUGUCUCUUUAUAUAUAUAUGAUACAUAUUUAUAUUUAUUAAUAAAAAUUAUUGAUUUAACAAAGAAUUAUUGUGUAGAUGGUAUUAAAAGAGAAAUAUCCACUCGAUAUUUAACAUCUGAAGGGACACAUAUAUAUGAAUUAGAUAUUAGUGAUGAAGAAGGUGAUAUUUAUUUAGAUAAUUAUAAAAUUAUGAAUAGAAAGAAAAAACAAAAUUUAUUACCAGGACAAAUGAAUGAAGAUUAUUUAAAUAGUAAAUUAAAAAAAUAUAAAUUUCUUUUAAAUCAAUUACAUAUAUCUGGGGAUGAUAGACAUAUAGCUGUUGCAUGUAAUACUGGAUUGUAUGUAUUUACAAAAGAUUAUCAAUACCAAUAUAUUCCAAGUAUUAAAAAUAUUUAUAAAGGAUUAAUAUCACCAAAUAUUUAUGUUCCCAAAUUUUUAACACAAAACGUUAAUUUAAAGAAUUUAAAAAACUCUUUAAAAAAAAAAGAAUAUAUGAAAGCCUUUAUUUUAUCUUUAGCAUUAAAUAAUUAUGAACACAUUUUAGAGGUAUAUGAAAAUAUCCCAUAUAAUAUUAUCCCACUAUGUGUAAAGGUAUUAACCAAACCAUUUCUAUUUAUUCUCAUAAAUUUUAUAAAAACAUUAUUAAUUAAUGAUACUAUUAAACAUAUCCAUUUACAUUUAUUUUAUCUUAAUUCUAUAUUUACAACUCAUUUUAAUGUAUUCCUAAAUAAUGAUUUUUAUAAUCAUAUGCAUAAUAAUAAAUCUAUUAAGAACAGUCAGGAUAAAAAUAAAACAUCUACUCCAAACAUUAUGAGUAAUACCACUUCACUUUUCUCGUCAGAUGAAAUACGUACAUCUCUUUUAUUAAUAUUAAAACAGAUUUUUACAAUAAAUAAUGGUUUACAGUAUUUGUAUACAAAUAACAUAAAUGUUUUAAAGUAUUUAUCUUUAAAGGAAUGA